AUGCCGCAUAAAAUAUUCAGCGACAACGCCACCAGCUUCAUCGGCGCCGACCGCAAGCUGCGCGAGCUGAAAAAAGCAUUUCUGUCCCAGGCUCCAGAAUUGAAGGGAUUCGCCGCAGACGAAGGGUUCAACUUCAUCUUUAUACCACCGAGGGCGCCGCACUUCGGAGGAUUAUGGGCAGCCGCGGUGAAGUUCGCCAAACACCACAUCGUUCGCGUAAUAGGCAACGCGCUACUCACCGCAGAGAAGCUAGCAACACUGUUGGCCGAAGUGGAGGCCAUCCUCAACUCUCGGCCCCUAACACCGUUGAGCCAGGACCCCAACGACGGCGAGGCGUUAACCCUAGCGCACCUACUGAUUGGGUGCUCCCUGCGAGCACUACCCCCAGAACAGGUAUCAAUGGAUCCUGUUCGUUGUUGCGAGAGAUGGCAAAUUGUCUGCUGUCUCAAACAACAGUUCUGGCGACAGUGGUCCAAAACAUACCUGACGGGUCUUCAGGAGCGCAACAAGUGGCUGCACCCCACACGCAAUCUGCAGCCCAACAAUUAA